GAUAAGAUGAGAAUGAGGGAAAUCUCGCGAUUAUCAUACCAUCAACCAAACACAGUAUUAAGUUAGCCCCAAGCUUAAUUCUGAAUAUUUUACCUUAUCUCAACGAAUUAUGUUAUCCAAUCUGAGAGGUAAAAUAAAUUACUACAUGAAUUAUAAUCCCAUGACUAUAAGGUACAAUAAAUUAUUACAAGAAUUAUAGUCCCACAACUGCUAUAAUUCCACAAUAAUUUAGUCCGCCAAUGAAACUACCUCUGUUCCUUGAGUGUAGUCUCUUAAAUUUUGCAAAACUGGGUCAACGGGGAUGACUACUCAAGUAUGGCUCACUAAGGGGAAAAAUUUCAGAGCACAGAGAAAAAGAAGGAAGGAAUCUGGUGCAAGAGCUCAAAUUAUUGGAACCCAAAUGGAAUCUGAGGGAGAUGAAGCCUCCCAUCUACAGCCAAAGCUGAGCAAACCCACUAAACAUUCUCCAUUUUCUUGCACUUCAAAGCAAGAUUCGAGCUUUAUAACCCCUAUUCUGCCAGCAGAGCUCAUCAAUGAGAUACUCUUAAGGCUACCAGUGAAAUCCCUCUUGAAAUUCAGGUGUGUUUCAAAAUCUUGGCUUGCUUUAAUCUCUAGUCCUGAAUUUGUCAAAACCCAUCUCUGUAUAUGUACUAAUGACAAGGAUUACACCCACCAUAGAGUUGUCUUGAAAGUAGAUCCAACUCAUCUUAAGAACUGUUCGCUUACUUCUUUACUUUAUGACUCUGUUACUGAGGCUUUUGACUUGGAUUAUCCUAUGAAACAACCCCAUACAUCUAUUGUUACUUUGCCAUUUAAAAUUGCUUAUCCUAUGAAAAAUUCUAUUUGGGUUGUGGGUUCUGUCAAUGGGUUGAUUUGCCUUGUCAUUGGGGAAAAAGACUUCUUUCUUUGGAAUCCAUCAAUUAGGAAAUUCAAGAAAUUGCCUGAUCUUAGAUAUGGUUACAUCAUGUGUGGUUUUGGAUAUGAUGAACUUCAUGAUGAUUAUAAGGUAGUGGCCGUUUUUUGGCAUUGCUUGAGUUAUAACGGUUCACAUUGUUUCGUGGUCAAAAUAUAUAGUCUAAAAAGUGAUUCUUGGAGAAGUACCGAAGAAUGUUGGAGUGCGGUGCCAACCACUGGGUGGGGUACUCUUGUGAAUGGAAAGCUUCAUUGGACUACUUCUACUACUCAUUUUAGUGUGUAUAAUCCUAAGGACGUCAUUUGUUUUAAUUUGGCUGAUGAGAAAUGGGGAAAGGUGGAGCAACCGUGCAAUGGAGAAGGAGAUAUUGAUUAUAUUCUGUCCUUGGGAGUGUUGGCGGGUGAUCUUGCUUUGUUUUGUAAUUAUCCGAAAACUCAUGCAGAUGUGUGGGUUAUGAAGGAGUAUGGGGUUAAAGAAUCGUGGAUGAAGGUGAUUACCAUCAAUUAUCGUGAUGAUCCCGCGUGGUAUCUGUUUCGUCCUCCCUUUUGUAUGUCAAAAAAGGGUGAAAUUUUGUUUGAGUUUGGAUCAUCUUUCCUGGUUUACAAUCCAAAGGAUGACUCGAUCAGACGUCCACAGAUUACCAACUGUGAUGCCUUUGAUGAGGCAAUCAUCUAUAUUGAAAGCCUAGUUUGGCCUUUUCUGCAG